AUGGGUCCAUUCCUUUCUAAACUUGUCUUCCUUGACUUCUUCCACAGUAAUUUGCAUGGGUCAAUACCUCAUGAGCUAUGGAAGCUUAAAUCUCUCACUGAACUUGUGUUGCGUGAGAAUCAUUUCUCUGGUUCAAUCCCAGCUUCCAUUGGAAAUUUGACCAACUUAUUUACUCUCUCUCUUCACCAAAAUAAGUUCUCUGGGUUGAUACCUAAAGAGGUAGGCAUGCUUAAAUGUCUCAUUGAACUUAAGUUGUCUAACAAUAGUUUCUAUGGGUCAAUUCCUUCAACGUUUACCAAUUUUACUUAUUUGCAACAUUUACAAUUUGGGCAUAACCAUCUCACUGGUCCAUUUCCUGAGAAUAUAUGCAUAGGUGGAUCACUCACAUAUUUUGGAGCUAUGAGUAAUAAUCUGACAGGUGAGAUCCCAUCAAGUUUGAGAGAUUGCAAAAGCUUAUAUAGAGUUAGGCUUGAAGGAAACCACUUGACCGGUAAUAUAUCAGAAGCUUUUGGUGUCUAUCCAAAUUUGAGUUUCAUUGCAUUAAGUGGUAAAAGAUUUUAUGGCGAAAUUUCUCCCAAGUGGAGCCAAUGCCAUAACCUUCAAGGCUUAGUAAUCGCCAAUAAUAACAUUACCGGAAAGAUACCACUUGAGUUGGGACACGCAACUCAAUUGCAUGUACUUGAUCUCUCUUCAAAUCAUCUAAUCGGUGAGAUCCCCAAGGAACUAGGAAAAUUGACAAUGAUGAACCAUUUGAGUCAGAAUUCACUUGUUGGAGGCAUCCCACAACAGUUUGGAAAAUUACAAUCCUUGGAAGUAUUGAACCUCUCUCACAAUAUGCUUAAUGGUUCCAUCCUAGAACCUUUUAAUGAUUUGCGUGGUUUGAGAUUUGUGAACAUAUCUUUCAAUCAAUUCGAAGGACCUAUUCCAAAUCUUAAGGCUUUUCAUGAGGCUUCGUUUGAUGCCUUAAGAAACAAUAAAGGCCUAUGCGGUAAUGCCACUAGACUAACGCCUUGUUUUAUGCUUUCUCAAGCCAAUCAUGGUCAUAGAAAAAGUACCAAACUCAUCAUUUUAGUUGUGCUUCCACUUUUUGGUGGUAUACUUUUGUUGUUUAUAUUGGUUGGAAGUUUCCUUGCUUUUUACAAGAAGACUCCAGCCAUAAAAUCGCCAAGGGAAGAACAACAUGGAGAUAUUUUCACAACAUUGGGAUUUAAUGGAAGAAUACUCCACGACGGCAUCAUUGAAGCCACUGAAGAUUUCAGCUCCAACUAUUGCAUUGGUCCGGGAGGAUAUGGAACUGUUUAUAAAGCUGCAUUACCAACUGGUCAAGUGGUUGCAGUGAAGAAGCUUCACCAAUCUGAAGACAACAUGCUCAACAACAACUUGAAAGCCUUUGAAAGCGAGAUUAUUGCUUUACUAGAAAUAAGGCACCGUAACAUUGUGCAAAUGUAUGGCUUUUGUUCACAUCCAAAGCAUUCUUUUUUGGUUUAUGAGUUUUUAGAAAGGGGGAGUUUGAAAAUGGUCUUAAGCAACAAUGAACAGGCAAAGGAGUUGGAUUGGAAGAGGAGGCUAAAUGUUGUUAAAGGAUUGGCCAAUGCUCUAUCUUAUAUGCAUCACAACCGUUCACAACCUAUAAUUCAUCGAGACAUUUCUAGCAACAAUGUUCUCUUGGAUUUGGACUAUGAAGCUCGUGUAUCUGAUUUUGGCACUGCAAGGAUUUUAAAGCCUGACUCCUCCAACUGGACUUCACUUGCAGGAACCUACGGGUAUAUAGCUCCAGAGUGGAGGUCAUCGUACUUUUUGCUCUGCUCUGCUACCAUCACUCGUGCCUCUGCCUCUCUCGCUGCAGCCGCUGCCUCCCUCUCUGCUGCCUCCGCUCUAAGUUGUUGUUAG